GCAGGCGCUGCCCCCGAGCCUGCCCUCGGCGCCAGGGAGCAGUUCGCCUCGGAGUACGAGCUGGGCAAGGAGCUCGGCGCGGGGUCUUUCGGGAUCGUGAUGGCGACCCGCGAGAGGAGCUCCCAGAGCAUGGGCGCCGUCAAGGUCGUCGAUUUGGGCGAAGACCAGGGCCAGAAGCGGCAGCUCGCCAUGCAGGAGGUCGAGGUGUGGCGCGCCGUUGGCAGGCACCCCAGCGUUGCGGAGCUUCGCAGGGUGUUCUGCGACAGCCGCGUCGUCUUGAUGGUCAUGGAGAGGUGCCAGUGUACUGUCUCGCAAAAGGCCGACUCCAACCCAGAGCUCCUGCAGUCCGGGCUCCCGCACCUCCUGCACCAGAUGCUCCUCGGUCUGGAGGCCUGCCACCGGGCCUCGGUGGUUCACCGUGAUGUCAAGCCGGACAACUACUUGAUCGGCCUUGAUGGGAGCACGGUGAAGUUGUGCGAUUUCAAUUUGUCUGCCCUGCUGACUCCUGGUCAAACCCUGGCGCAAGAGUGCGGCACCGCGCCUUUCAUGUCCCCAGAGAUGCUGACUGCGCGGCAUGGCAUUGGUACGGACGUCUGGUCUUAUGGCGUGAUGGCGUACUUCAUGCUCUUCGGAGAGCUGCCCUACAUACCAGAGGAGGCCACCUCGAAGGCGGCGGUGGCGGCCAUCCGGUCGGGAGUGCCCGCGCCCAGGUAUUUGAGUGUUUCGCAUCGGAGUCGGGGCAACGACAGCGUCAGUUUAUGCAGGGAUCUUCUUCAGCGCGAGCCGAGCCAGCGCUGCAGUGCAAGAGACGCCUUGGGACAUCCUUACUUCAGUGCUGCGUUUGAUGCGAAGAAGGGCCCUGCCAUGACCUCCACGCAGAGUACGUUGCCUCCGUUCGGGUCCGCCAUGUUUGAGUCGGUCAGCGAGAGCGACUGUUCUUCGAUAUUCAGCGAGUUCGGCCACUCUGAUGAUAUAGAGACGCAGGGCCUCUUUACCAGGGCUUGA